UUUGCAUUACGUUUUCUGCUCUGUCAUAGGAGAGAGAAAGACAAGUAGAUUUUUAAAAAAUAUCUUGACUGUGAUAAUUAUUUGUUGUGAAAUGACCUUAAGUACAAUUUUUGAGUGCUUAAUAUUUAAGUUUGUUUAAGUCAAAAAAAUACUUGGCCUAAAUUAAUAAAAAAUAAGAAGAAUAUGGGAGAUAAAGAACAUCAUGUUCACUUCAGUGGAGGAUGCAGUGUUGGAAAAGAGAAUAACAUAAUUCUUCAACCACAACGACAUGGACACAUCGAUGCUCACCUAGGUUUCUUACAGCUUUACCAUAGAUAUCAAAUAGAGUUUUCUAUCCCAUGGAAUACUUGCAUUCAUGGAGAGAAAAAUGAGCCUCCAAUAUUCACUGGCAAUCUGAAUCCUCAUUGUCGAACAAUAGAUUUAAGUGUAGAAAGAGACAAUCUUAGGUUAAAAGUAGAGCUUUUCGCUUACAAGGAAAAAAUAUUGAAAGAAGAAGUGCAAAUAACAUGUUGCCCAAACGGAGCACCUUUAUCAGUAUUUCUGAAUGCUCGGGUUAUUGGGAAAAAUAAAGGCUCACCAUUAUUAAGGAACGGUAUUCGAAGCAUAGCUGUAGAAUGUGACGAUGAUGAAGACGAAAGUUCAGAUUAAAAAAUUGUAAAUUUAGAUUUACAUUAAGCAUUAUUAUAAAUAUGUACAAAAAAUCAUUCUUAGGGACCAAAUAAAUCAAUUUUUACAAAAAUA